AGAGAAGCAGCAGAGACAAAAACACACACAGCCAACCUGACUGCAGCCUCCUCUAACAACACACACACAGACCAGCAGGUAGGCAGAGGAGUGUACCUAAAACUCUCUCUCACACACACACACACACACACACACACACACACACACACGCACACACACGGUCAGCAGCAGCAGCAGCAGGAGCAGCAGCAUGUUUCGGUGGAGGCUCCCCCGGGCAGUGUGUGUUCUGUCACUGUGUGUGUGUCUCGCUCUCGCAUAUGAGGAUGAUAUCGAGGUCAACUACGCUGACACCUACUACAAUGAAAUCACAGACAGCGAAACACCAGAGCCCACACCGAGCUCUUUGCCCUGCAGUUCUCCAGACCUGACCAAGUGGGACAAAAUCUUCUCGAUGCUGGAGAACAGUCAGAUGAGGGAGAACAUGCUGCUUCAGUAUGCUGAUGAUAUCAUCAAGGUGGAGAUGGGGUCACUGCGCGGAGAACUGCUCAGGUUUGUAGCCCAGUAUGGUGGCUCCUGCGGGGUUGCAGUGGAGACAGCAGGAAGAAGGAUGGCCUUGCAACUGGAGAGCCGCCUCAGAGAAACACUGGAGCGCCUCAAACUUGGAGAUCCAACUUCUGCUGCUGGGAAUUCUGUCGGGAAUUCCAACAACCUGGAGGCGAUGCUUCAGCAGCUCCUCUCCGCAGCACGAACACAAGCUUCCCGACUCACCAAGCUGGAGACCAGCUGCUUCGGCAGUCCUGGAGCUGGGAUGGGGAUGAACACAAAGACAGGAUUCCAGCUUCCAGAGGGAGGAGGGGUUGGCCACCGGGAGCAGGAGGUCACAUCGCGAGAGCUGGCUCUAGACGGGGUGCUGACUGCGCUGCAACAGACAAGAGCGGAGCUGGAGGAGGUGCUGAGGUCAUCGAGGCAAAGAUACCUCCCCGCAGGCUGUGAGAUAGCCCUCCUCUUCCCGAUGCGUUCCCGUCGAAUCUACACCUCUGUCAUACCAGACAUCCCUCUCUCCAUCUCCUCCUUCACCGUCUGCAUGUGGCUGAAGCCAACCGCUGUCUCCAACCAAACCGUGCUGUUCUCCUAUGGAAACCGUCGCAACCCAUAUGAGAUCCAACUGCUGCUUGGCCAAACCUCUGCACUCUUCACCAUCGGAGGAGAGGCUCACCUGGUGGAGGCACGAGGUGUGGUGAACCCCGGAGAGUGGAUCCACUUGUGUGGGGCUUGGUCUUCCGAUCAGGGCUUGGCAACCCUGUGGGCAGGUGGGAAAAAAGUGGCCUCCACGCCCGGAGUGGCUGAGGGACACGUCUUACCGGACGGGGGUUCCCUCCAGCUGGGGCAGGAAAGGAAUGGCUGCUGCCCUCUGUCUCCAAGCAGCGGCAGCGGCAUGGCAGGGUUUGAGGGAGGGUUCGAUCCCAAGCUGGCAUUCGCUGGGAAGAUGACAGGGGUGAACAUGUGGGACAGGGUGCUGUCAGAGCAAGAGAUUUCCCAGCUGGCACUGCAGGAGGGCAAGGGUUGUGAGCAGAGAGGAAACAUUGUGGCCUGGGGCAUAACGGAGAUGGUGCCACACGGAGGCGCUCAGUUCAUCGAAUAACAGACUUCUUUCCUUCGUGAUUUUCAUCCUCAUCACCAUAAUUGUGAAUAUCAGCAACAUCAUAAAAAGGUUUCAUGCUAAAACUGAAGAGGGCAACUUACAACUUCUUUUAUCACCAUCAUAUUUGUCACUAUAGUUAGAUGCUUGAAUUGUUAUGUUGUUUUAUUCAUCAUCUCCAUCUCUGCUAACAUGAACGCUAAUGCUGCAAUGAACUCUACUGGACAUGUUCACAUAAGAGGGAGCCAAUGCUGUGAGAGACUGACUUUUAUUUUUGUAACAUCACCUUUUGAACUGAGGCCAUAACACACACGUGCUGCAUUCUUUGCCAAACACCCCCCCAAGACACACACACACACACACACACACACACACACGCUCACACAGACGAACAUUCAGCUCAGAAAUCUUGUAGCAGGAAAAUGUGCUGCAAGCAGCAUUUACCAAAGACUUAAUUAGACUGCAAGGAAGACAAAGAGUCUGUUGUGUAAGUGAAUGGGUUCUGAGCCAGUAAACAGAGUAAUCACCAGACAGCCAUGCAGGAGAGGAAAAUAAGAGGUCACAGACAAUUACGAGAGAUUAUCUAAUUGCAGUGUGAUGUGUUUUUUUAGGGUAAUAAUGCAUUUUCCUUUUUUUCUACCUAGAUUUGUGCAAGUGCAGUUAAUCAAUGAAAAAUCAGUUUCCCAGAUGCAUUUUAGUGGGGGACAUUAAUAUAAUAAAUAUUUACUUCCUUGCCUUUGUAGUCUUGUAGGUACAGUUAUUAGAAGCUGAAGACUGACUGUCAUCUAUCCCAAUUACAACUGAGAGCAGAGGUAUCAUAUUAAUGUGUGUUUAUGAUGUGUUGUAAUAUAAUGUGCAACAUGUGAUUUAUGUGUGACUGAAAACUGCUGUACUUGCUUUCACUUCAAGAGUGGUCAUCUAGUGCCUCUAGAAAUAGCUUCAAACAAAAUGAUCAUUAUUGCAUUAUCAUAAUUUUCUUGAAUUUGUGAAAGCGAAACAUUUUUAAGACUUUACGUUUCCAAACCUUUAAUUAUCAAAGUGUUUACAUUCAUGAGUUAUAUCAUUCCAGUUCUGCUUUGUUAGUUUGUUUUUUUUUACAUCAGUAGUUCUCAUUUAAUUUUAGGGUAAUAUAUGUGUCUUCUUUUUUUGAUAUUGCAUAAAGUAAUAAGAGUGAAACUGUUUUGUCAUUGGAGACUGAGAUUGUUUUUUUUUUAAUAUGAUAAAGAAACUGAGGACAAUGUUUACACAAUCUAAUCUUUUAAUAACUAAGUUGUCUUGUAUUAUAAUGUAAAUUGCUUGUGUUUUUCUUGUGAAAAGGUGAAACUGAAUGUAUUUUGUACAUAACUAUAUUUUGCAUAACAUGACUGGAUGAAUGGAGAGUGAGUUAUGAAUAAACGUUUCAAGUUAUAGUA